AUGUUCCGAACCAGUUAUGUGCGCGAGGUGCGCAAGGAAAAAUACGAGCGCUCAGACACGCUGGAUGAUCGGAAGACGGUGGACGUUUCCAACACGGGUCUGGAGAGCCUGCGGGAGCUGAAUGAGCGCUUCGCCAAGUACAUCAACCGCGCCCGGAUCCUCGAGCAGCGCAAUGCCGUGUUCAGGAAGCAGCUGGAGAGCCUCCAGCAGAUCGAGGAGCUCUCUGGCCUGGAGAACAUCUUCACCGAGCAGAUCGACCUGAACCAGCAGAGGAUUCGCGAGCUGUACAGUGACCGCAACCGGUUGGAAAAAGAGCUGAAGGAUGCCCAGCGCACGCUGGAUGAGUAUCGCGUCAAAUACAGAAAUGAGUGCGAGUUUCACGAGCAGCUUCGGGACAGUCUGGAACAUCUCAAUAAGGAAGCAGAUGAAGCUUUGUUGAGCAACCUUGAACUCCAGAUCCAAUCUCAGUUCUUGCAGGAAGAUAUAAAUUCCACUCAAGAGAGGAACAAGAAGAAUUUAGCAGAGGUGCAGACCUACAUGAAUAUUCUGAAGCACAUCCAUCAGUCCACCCCAUAUAUAUCUCCGACCGCACUGAGCUGUGAGGGAGAGGAGACGCUUCUGGCGGAGCGGAGGCGACCUUUGAUUAAGUGCCAAUUGGAGGAUUACAAGAGUGGCCUUUGCCAGUUACAGAACCAGAAACAGAAACUGCAGACCGAGACGGCGAUACUAGAGCAGACAAUUAAGAGCACGCAGGAGCAUUACUUGGAUGAGAUACAGUCCUACAACGAGCAGAUUGAAAACCUCAGGAAGGAGAUGGACGAAGCUGAAAAAAGUCUGGAAAAGUGCACGAACGAAUGUCGGCAGCUUGUCAUGUACCAGCAGUCACUGGAGACUGAGCUGGAACGUUACAAGAGGAUAAUUGAAACUGAGGACUAUAGGUUACAAUCGGCCAUAAUGGGGAAUCCGGCAGCGACAUUCUCGACAAGUUAUCGAUGUGGUUACACCCCAAGAGUGGUACCUAGCAGCAAAGAUAUCAGUCUGACCAUUCGGGACAUCACGAGUAUCAAAUCCAGACAGAAAGGCCUUACCAGGAAAGCAAAGAAAAAGGAUGUUGCAUCAUCCUUGGACGUGACAGAUGGCAAUGGAGGUAAUGAGGACAAAAAGAAUGAAGAGUCUGAGGAGGAAGAGUUUGAGGAGGGAGAGAAUGAAGAGGAUGAGCAGAGCAUGAGGAAGGAAGAUGUACCAGAUGGAAGUCAGAUAAGCAAGGUUUAUGGCGCGUUGUAUAACAUGGUGAGAGACAGGAUGAGGAGACACAGAAUACCAGUGGCACCCAGAGUGGAUUAUUACACCAAAGGCCACUAUGUGCUGGUGAGCGGAGAUGCCAGUUACUUGGACCCUUGCUUCUGCACAAUGACACCUUCGCGAAGUGAAGUGACCAUCACUAUCCCUGAGCAACCCGUUCCUGCUGACAUACACCCUGAGCCGCUGCCAGUAGAGCCCGAACCCCACAGCGCGGGAGGGAGCGAUGAUGGAGGCAGCGACGGAGAGGAGGAGUCUGAGGCGGCGAAGAGGAAGAGGGACCAGGAUAGGUACGGAGUGAAGAAGUGCGACAAUUGGAGGAAAUCGCUGGAUGACGACAAGCCGGUCGAACCUUCGCCUCCACCGUUUGUGCCAUCCCCACCGCCGCCCCCUCCUCCGCCCCAGCCAGAACCUCCCGGGUUCCCGGAUCCCGAGCCGGUUCCUUUCAGGACGCUUUGUUCCCCGUGUGUGCCACAACCCGAGCCCAACCCUCCCGACAAAUGGGGCUCCAGGGAUGAUCCCUAUGGAGACAGGGAGCAAGGGGACAGGGAGAGAGAGGACAGGGAGCGAGAGGACAGGGAGCGAGGGGACAGGGAGCGAGGGGACAGGGAGCGAGGGGACAGGGAGCGAGGGGACAGGGAACGAGGGGACAGGGAGCGAGGGGACAGUGAGCGAGGGGACAGGGAGCGAGGGGACAGGGAGCGAGGGGACAGGGAGCGAGGGGACAGGGAGCAGGGGGACAGGGAGCAGGGGGACAAAGACAAGGGCAGGGGCAGCGAAACCCCGAUAAAGCCUCUGACAUCUUCCUGCACCAGCCUGCCCAGGUACAGGCACUUCGAGAAGGUGGAGGUGCUGGAGUCCCUCGAGACCCUCACGGACGAGAGAGUCCGAGAUUACGAGGAAAUCUCCACCACCCUGGAGACCACGGUGGAAAAGAGGGGCAAGGACCCCGGGCCAAAGAGGACCUGA